GGAGCUGCUGCACCUGAUACACCGGGGCGGGAGCGCGGCGGAGGAGGGCGGGAGGGAGCGGCGCUGCCGCCGCCUGCGAACGCCUCUCGCCGCCGUUAGACAGCGCUGGUCUCGCCGCUUCUCCCUCCACCCGCCCCUUCUGCGCGGAGCUGGGCUCUCGCUCCUGUUCCCCUCGGGGCCGGCGGCAGCGCGUCCUCCUCCUCGUCUCCCCUGGGCCCCAUGGCUUCGGCCGGCAGCGGCAUGGAGGAGGUGCGCGUCUCGGUGCUGACCCCGCUGAAGCUCGUGGGGCUGGUGUGCAUCUUUCUGGCGCUGUGCCUGGACCUGGGAGCCGUGCUGAGCCCUGCCUGGGUGACGGCGGACCACCAGUACUACCUGUCCCUCUGGGAGUCCUGCCGCAAGCCCGGCAACUUGGACAGCUGGCUCUGCGAGUCGACGCUGCACAGCGACUGGCAGAUAGCUACUCUGGCUCUGCUGCUGGGUGGUGCUGCCAUUAUUCUCAUAGCUUUCCUGGUUGGGCUGAUCUCCAUCUGCGUGGGAUCUCGGAGGCGGUUCUACAGACCAGUUGCAGUCAUGCUCUUUGCUGCAGUUGUUCUCCAGGUCUGCAGCUUAGUCCUUUACCCAAUCAAGUUCAUCGAAACGGUCAGCUUGAAAAUAUACCAUGAAUUCAACUGGGGCUAUGGCCUGGCGUGGGGUGCAACUAUAUUUUCAUUUGGGGGUGCCAUUCUUUAUUGCCUGAACCCUAAGAACUAUGAAGACUAUUACUAGAAUCAUUUAAUGAAAAGAAAAAUAAAAAAAAGGAUUACCCCAUCUUUUCUAGCUCACAGUUUUUUUAGAACACUUGUGGAGCACCAAACAGUCUGCUCUGUUGAUAAAAUAGCCUUUGCCUUUUGGGUGUGAACACUGUAACCAGCUUUUACGACCAUUUAGAAGAACUGCAAACACUAGGAUUGCUGAUCUUACAUAGGCAGAUGCUGCAAGCUGCUGAUACAUAAACUUCAUUUUUCCUGACAACAAGCAAAAGGAUCUACGUGAGAGUGAUCAUUGCGAGAAAACUGGUUGGAAUGAGAAUGCAAUGCCAGCAUCUGCUAUUGCCUUCAGGGGAGCAGCUGGUAUGGGCUCCAUUUAGAAGUUUUCCUGUAUCAUAGAGGAUUCAGAUGUCUGAUAAGCAGGCAAUGGCAUCUUGUACACUAGGCUGUGUUGGCCCCUUGUUACUUGCUCAGAAAUGCUCUUAAGGAAUUAGUUGCAAGUGACUGUGUUUAGGGCAAUGAAUGUAACUGGUUAAUGACUUGUCUAAUAUCUGCACUCAACAGUCUGCUGGGAGAAUAAUAAAAAAAAAGAAAAACCCAAACAAGCCACCAACCCACACAGGAUUUCAUGAAUUGGUAAUUGACAUCACCGUGCCAGCUGUAGCAGAUUGUUGAAGGAAGUCCAAACCCAGAGACAUGUGCUUCUGACUGUGUAGUUGGAAGUUGUCUCAGCUCUCAGUGUUUUGCUGGAGGGGUGAAGAUAAUGGGGAGUAGAAAAAGACCUGAUCUGUCCCUGAGACGCCUAAAAUGUGUGAAUGAAUUGUAGUUGUCCUGAGUACCCAUUUAACUUCCAAACAUCGUCAUGGAAAGAAUGCAUAUGGAACAAGUUCAGUUAUAUUUUUGAAAGGUAUUUGUUAGUAUAAAUGAAUAUAUAUAAUGCAAAUAUAUAUAUGCAGAGGGAGAGAAAUGCUGCAUCUUAAACUUGUAAUUUGAGCUGUGAUGCAGUGGUUAAAAUACUAACUUUGUACACAUUCUUGAAGGUCUUGGAUUGGUACCCCCAAUUUUGGUUAGUGUUACAAAAUAAACACACAAUGGUUUGUCUUCUGUAUAUGCCCUUGUACAGACUCUGUGUUAUGGGAAAUGCUUAAAAGUUCACAUCAAUUUAAGGUCAAACUGGACAAAAAUAACUUCUUGCUAUUCCAUGUGUAAUAUAAUACUUUCUAAAAAUUCUUCUCUAAGGCUGUUGCAAAUUUAAAAACUGCCAUUUUUUAAAAGUCUAGUUAGGUUGUGAGUGUCCCUGAUCAUCAAUAAUACCGCUGAGACCCCAUCAUGUUAAAACAUUAGCACUUCAGGAGGUAAGCUCUUGUUUUUAAAAGAUGAGUUUCUAAUGGACUGUCUAAUGAUGAUGUACUUCUGAGUACUCCUUGCUUAGUAUGUUUCCCACUUAAAACAUCCAGAGACUGUACUCAUGAAAUGAAACCCAAGAUAAAAUAGGGAGAACUCUCACAUGAAUUAAAUCCGCAUCACUUUUAUUUUUGUUUACAAUUUGCUUAUUUGGAUAUUUUCAAUUAAUUAUAUGCAUAUUUUUAUACAAUUGUAAUCUUUAGAAAUAACUAUUUUUUUUAAUGGAAAAAUUUAAAAUAUAUUCUAUGUGGACCUCUGCACAAGCAGAUAUGCUGGGGUUGCACAUCCACCUCUACACAAAUGGUUUUGCUGCUUCCACGUAAAAGAUUCCUGAAUUACUCGGUGUUAAGAUGGAUCUCUUGUGUUACUGCUGGGCCACCAUAUGCAGGGUGCUGAGGGUCUGCAAUGAGCAGGGGACCACAGGGCUGCCUUUAGGAGGUCAUUGUGCAAGUCUUGCUGGCUUGUGGAGAUGGUUUCUAAAACUCUGGGAUGCUCUGGAGUUCAGUCUUUAUUACCGUGGCAGAAUCUUCCAUAUCGGCAGUAUUUGCAGAAGCAGUGGUGAUUAAUUAGAUUAGACGGAGCAAAAUGCAGCUUGACAUGGAAGGGAUUGCAUGGCAAUGCCUGGAGAGCAAAAAGGAUGGGAGGAAAACUUGUAUCCAGUUAUUUCACAGGCACCAAGAGAGCAUUUGUAACUCUGCUUUAUUUCCUGAGACUGACUUAGGGCGGAUAUUCAGUAUGUAGUUAACUCAGUAUCUUUCUGAACAGCUGUGUAGUUCUUUUAUUUAGCAGCAUGGAGAACAUUGUAGUUUGGCAUGGGAAUUAGGUUCGUGCAGAGAAGCCCACUGUGAGAAGAUGUCUGUACCUUUCUAAGAGGAUGGUGUUUUGGGGCUGGCAUUGCGUGGCACUUUGUGCUGAGAAGAAGGUACAAUGCCGAAUUAUCAAAUUAUUUUUCUUUAUGUGGAGUUUGAGCAAAAGCAACUGUCAGGCCUAAGGCAAAUGCAAAUGAAUGGUGUGUGCUCUGCAAGUCACUGGCUGCUAAUGUAAAAGGUGUUCAGGCAAAACAAUGUACAAACGUGAAUGCCUAAAGACAAGGUUCUUGAUUCACAUCUGAGUCAGAGAUCUGAUUUUCAGUCUCAACAUCUGCUUUUCCUCUUGAAGGUAAUGCAGUCUAUUAGGACCCACCUCUCAGACUCCUCAGGACCUUUGUGUUUGGGCAAAUAGUAUGUGGAUUUAGGUACCUACCUUUAGCUUAGGUUGCUACUGCAGUGUCUUUUUUUUUUUUCCCCUUUACCAUUGCAAAUUUUGGCAAGCAUUCUGUUUCUCAGAACUGAACUAAAGGUAAAUGCAAUUUUGUGCUGAUUUUUUUUUUAGCCACAAAAAAGAUGCAAGUCUCUGUCGAGUGUACACACGACAAAUUAAUAAUUUGGUAUGUUGUGCUUGUGUCAUGUCAUGACUGUUUCAGUUUGACUUUCUCUCACUGGCAGAAUGAUUCUCUCCCACAACAAAUCUUUUUUUUUUUUCCUUCCAAAUAUAUAUGAAUAAAUAUAUAUAUAGCAAACUUGCAAGCAGGGCUAGUUAUUUGUAUUUUUUAAGCUUAAAGUAUACCGUCCGGUGCUGACAAGUACCCAGCACCUCUUCUGGAUUUCUUGCACAACUUCGUUUAGCUUUUGUAAAUUUUAAAAACAAAUAUAGAGAGACCUAUGUGUUUGAAAUAUAAAUGAUAUAUAUGGAUUAGCAUGUACCUGUAUAUUAUUAAACAUGCAAUGAACUGACUGGUAAGUGAAGUCUAAUCUUAUGGCUAGCAAUGUAAUUUAUUCAGACUGUAUUUUUGUACAGCGCAGUGCACACUAACCUAUUGCCUCUGUGUCCUCUAUAAUGCCUAAAACUGUGCCUAGAAAUUUCAUUUAUGUCUUUCAAGGAAAAAAAAAGAAAAGAUGACUAAAUGCUUCAUGUUGUUGAUAGUAUUGGUUUUUCUGAUGUUGUUCUUUAUUUAUUUUUGAGAAGUGUAUGGUAUGUUUAUUAAAUGAGUCCAUCAAAAUAUGGUUCGUUUUAAAUGGUCAUUGUUAGCAGGGAAAGAUGGAUUUUUUUUUAAUCUAAACUUUUAAGUUUGCAGUUUUAAUACCAUUUCUGCAUUUCACAAUUUUUGUAGCUUACAUAAAGUUUUAUGUGAAAAAGUAACUGAAAUAAAAAAAAAAAUUGUUACACUAAGAAAAUGUGCCUGUUUUGCUCUGAGUAGAAGAUGUAUGCAGCUCAGGUGGCAUGGUUUCCUGAGAAGGAACAGGCUCCUUAGGCUAAUGAAUAUUCCUGGUAUUCAGUUAUUCCAUGCUAAAGGAGUCUUACCAAAAUAUACAGGGGGAGAGAGGGAGAGAUGGAGGGGUGUCAUUGGCAAGUUCCGUAUCUCACCUGGCCAUAAAGCAGUAGCACAGGGUGAGUUUCUGGGUGUCACAGAGCCCACACUGCCUUUAUAAAGAUGCAAGUAUUGUAACAUCAGAAAACCAAAUGCUUUAAAUGUAAAUAACAAGACCAUGUGUUGAAAUGGGAAUCUGUACUGAGCACCUUGUUCCAGUGGGGGAAUUUAUUCAUUAUAUACGGGUUUCAUUUUCACAUUUCCAAUAACUAAUACUUUUGUCCAUUUUGAUUCUGAAAGCUGGGUUACUUUUCAUUGUGAAAAAAAAUAGAUGCUAAUUUUGAACCUUAAACCUGGUGUUGCAAAAACAGAAAAGCAUGUUUAAAGCACUAAA